AUGAACUCAUCAAACAGAAUCAUGUCCGGAAUGAAAAAUAAUCAAAUAUUGGAAAAGGAUAUCCAUCAAAAAUAUGGUAUGAACAUGAUAAUGCGAGAAGUUCUGAUCAAGGUCAUGCAGUCUUCCCAACACUUUGUGGACAUUCUAAAUUACAAGUUCGAUGAAGUCCUUUUGAUCAUGGAUGAAACUCUUGACACUCUCACAGCUCAGGCUCCGACUGUUGAUGCCUAUGACAAGAUCUAUAAGCAAAUCAAUCUGAGCUUCCAACGAGUAUUUGAAAAGAUUGAUGAAUUGAAGCUUAAUGCAUUGCUUGCAUCGAAAGCAUGCAAGAGGGGAAGAAAGGAUGUUUCAAAAGAAACCAAGCUCAGAAUUUCAACUUUGAGAUGA